CGAUUCAACUACUUGUGGAGCUGGGUGUGCCUGCAGCAUCGAGGCGUGUGGGUUGUUUGCUGCUCUACCCGAAACCCAAAAGGAUGUCCGCACUUCGGCGGUAAAUAUUGUCUACGGUCUCGAGCGCAUGAAAUAUCAUGUGCAUCAAGAGAUUGGACAUAUAUGUUGGUUGUAUCAUCUUCUUGAUAGAGAGAGCCUGUCCAUAAUAAAUAAUGGCCCUAUGGAAGCCGAGGCGUUCAUAGAUAAGACCCAGGAGCUGCAAAGGAUGUUCCGCAAGCUUGCGCACGUCAACGACAAUCACGAUAUUAGCGCGGCUUUGGCAUUUUGGAAGUUGCCAACUACUUCCUUGGAGCUCCGUUCCUUCAUCCCGACUUUUGUGGACCACGUUCAGUAUGAAACUAGGAAAGAAAUGCUCAAGCGAGAAGACCAUUUGGAUCAGCUGAAAGUAUUUUCAGCUUACCUGGAAGGAGAACGUUGGACUGGUCCCAGCAGUUAA